UUCCUCAGUCCUCAGUCACAGGCUCGCUGGUCACACUACUCCGUGUUAUUGCUAUGGGUGCGACAGAUACUGUGAUUAAUCGACUAUUUUGGAAAAAGGACAGCCUGAAAAUCAGGACAGUCUGCAUUGUCAAAAACUAACGGGACUGUCAAGCACUUCCUCAAGGCGGUGCAUUGUGUGUAAAGGUUACACCUAGUUCCUCAUUUUAUGAUUAGGAGCAUGGAGGGCAUUUGUUUUGAAGUCAAACCCAGAGAUGACCCAAUCAAAGCUCACCCUCUCUGUGCCCAAACACUUCCUGGAUCAGAGGAUAAGAGGAAGAAAGAGGAAGAGGAAGAGGAGAUUCAGUACAGGCUAACUCUGGUUGGAUCUUUGGCCAUCCAUCCACAGACCACCAUGGCGAUGCUCCCCUGGGUUGUGGCUGAGAUACGGAGGCAGCGGCUGGGGGAAAAUAACAGAAACCUUGAAUUCAAUGGUGCUCACUCUCCAGAGGUUCGAGAUCAGCCUGUGGUGCUGAAGAUCUCAUCCAGUAAAGUGUGCUGCAUUCUGGAGACGGCAGGCCCGGGGAAGCCAUGGGACCCAUUGCAACAUAUGGUUCUGUUUGAUCACAGGCCUCAUCGUAUCACCAAACUCAUUCACAACAGCCAAGAACCCAGCUAUUUUGGCUGUCUGCUCAGAGAGGAGAAGAAAGCAGCCUGCUAUGUAUUCCGCUGCCAGGACCACAUGAAGGUUCCAGAGAUUAUAAGCACUCUCAGGCAGGCUGGCAAAAGUUCUGCCCGACAAGAAGACACUCCCUCAUCGCUGCCUAGCAAUGGUCAGCCAGAUGCCUCCUGCUCCACGGCAAUGACGACUGAUGCAGCAACAGCCUUCGCGAAGAAGUUUGAGGUGUUGUUCUGUGGGCGAGUGGUGGUGGCCCAUAAGAAAGCACCACCUGCACUGAUAGAUGAGUGUAUUGAGAAGUUUGGACGUGUCAGCGUGACAGGAUCACUAGCAGCGGGCAUCAGACGGGCAUUCUCACUCAGUCAGGUGGUGAAUGGAACAAACGAGGGAGCAGAUGGAGGAGGAAAGCGACCUCUGUUUUUAAAAAGAGAUCAGGCUUUUCCAUUUCUGCAGGCAUUGGACGAGAACGGCCUCUCACCGGAGCUCCAGCGACGGGCAGCAGACGGAGCCACUGGGGUCCAACCCACUAGCCUACAGGAGAACAGAACCAUGCUGUUCACAAUUGGCUGCUCUCAGAUCUUUCUUGUGAGUCCUGACACUAAGAAGGUGGCCAUAGAGAAGAGCUUCAGAGAGAUUUCCUUCUGUUCUCAGGGAAUUCGUCACGUGGACCACUUCGGCUUCAUAUGCAGGGAGUCGGUGGAAUGUGGAGGUUGCCAGUUUGUUUGCUAUGUUUUCCAGUGUGCUAACGAAGCUCUGGUGGAUGAAAUCAUGUUGACUUUGAAGCAGGCUUUCUCGGUGGCCGCCCUCCAGCAGAACAGUAGGACCCAGAGUCAGCAGUGUGACAGCUGUCCCCUGCAGCAGCUGCACAAACUGUGUGACAGAAUAGAGGGUCUUCAUCCAUCCAAAGCUAAGCUGGAACUGCAGAAGCAUUUGGCAGGUCUGGACAAUCAGGAGCAGGCAGCUGUGUUUGAGAGCACCAUGAAAGCCAGGCCUAAGUCGGAUCAGGAAGGGAACGAGUUGAUUGUGUCAUGUCUAAGACAACUGUACGAGGAGAGACAAAAGACACACACUCACACACACAACGGACAAACAAAAAAGACUUCGCAGGAGGUUGCUGUGAAUGUUGAAAGCAGUAUCAGUUCGAGUCGUGUGCGUCUGGAGGAGCUCAAGACUAGAGCAAAAAGAUCCCUCACAGAAUCACUGGAGGGGAUCUGGAAGGGCAGCAGUAAGUCCAAAUCCCAGAGGGAGAACAGUGAAGGAGAGAGCAACUCCUCCAGCUCCACCACACUGAACAGCACAAAUCAGGAAACAUCAUUGGAGGAGCCCCUCUGCUCUUUCCUUCCCUCCAGUCCACUCCGCUCCCACAAUUCCACAGGGGAUCUGAAGCGUCUAGAAGGCUCAGUGGGAGGUCAGGAGGGUCCUGAGAGCCCGCCUCAGGGUUUUAGGAGACGCGCAAGCACUAUUAGUCACUCUCCCAUGCUGUCGUCCUCUGACCUGAGCCUCCCUCCUUUACAACCUACUGCCGCCACCAAGCCCAAACUAGUCCGACACUACUCCGUCAGCACAGAUUCCCCACAUCAGAGCAAUCCUUCCUCCCCUCCGGCCUCUUCCUCUCCUGUGUGUCAGCGGCCUUUGAGGCCUCAUACUUUUGCUCUUGAUCAUUCUACCCGGCCCCUCAAGCGGAGUCCAUCAGGGCUGAGUGGCUUUAGAGCGAGAUUACACUCCUCUUCCUCUGUUCCAAAUUUCCUCAAAUUUCUGGCCCCUGUAGUGGAGAGCGAUGAUACCAGUGACUCUCAGAAGAAGAGUGACGUGGCGGCCCUGUCCAGUCCCGGAGCGGUGUGUGUCGUUGGGGAUGACAGUCCAUUAUGUAACCGGAGACACUCCUGGAGACAACAGAUCUUCUUAAGAGUCGCCACACCACAAAAGGGCUCAGACUCCAAAGAAUCCACUUUAGAGGUUGGCAGCAGAAUGGCUCUGGGAGGUGGAGUUGGGGGCGGGGACAGCACCCUGGGGGCAGUGCCAGAGGAGAGGAGAAAGAGGAGUGGGGCGGAGCUAAGAGAGCUAUGGAGGAAAGCAAUUCUUCAACAGAUUCUCCUGCUGCGGAUGGACAGAGAGAACCAGAAACUACAAGCAUCAGAGAGUGAUCUGCAGUGCAGACGACUGAAACUGGACUAUGAAGAGAUCACUCCAUGUCUGAAAGAUGUCACUCUGGUCUGGGAGAGAAUGCUCAACACCACUGGGAGGUCAAAGGUCAGAUUUGCAACCGAGGAGAUCCACACAGCAGUGGGACAAGGCGUUCCUCGGCAGCAUCGAGGAGAGAUUUGGAAGUUUCUUUCAGAGCAAUAUUUGCUGAGGCAGGAGGUGCCCGGCGCCAAACCUCCGAACAAUGACACUCCUUACAAAGAGCUUCUGAAGCAGCUCACAUCCCAACAGCAUGCCAUCCUCAUAGACUUGGGACGUACAUUUCCCACUCAUCCGUAUUUCAGCGCUCAGCUGGGUGCUGGCCAGCUUUCUCUCUAUAAUCUACUGAAGGCAUAUUCUCUGCUGGACCCAGAGGUGGGUUACUGCCAGGGCUUGAGUUUUGUGGCCGGCGUGUUGCUACUCCAUAUGAGUGAGGAGGACGCAUUCCACAUGCUCAGAUUCCUUAUGUACGACAUGGGACUGCGGAAACAGUACAGGCCCGAUAUGAUCAUACUGCAGAUUCAGAUGUAUCAGCUGUCUCGUCUGCUGCAUGACUAUCACAGGGAGCUCUACACUCAUCUGGAGCAGUAUGAGAUCGGCCCCAGUCUCUAUGCCGCUCCUUGGUUCCUCACCGCUUUUGCCUCACACUUCCCGCUUGGAUUCGUGGCACGAGUGUUUGACAUGCUGUUCCUUCAGGGAUCGGAGGUCAUCUUCAAGGUGGCUUUGAGUCUUCUUGGUAGCCACAAGCCACUGAUUCUCCAGCAAGACAAUCUUGAGUCAAUUGUGGAGUUCAUCAAAACAACCUUACCCAAUCUCAGCCUUGUGCAAAUGGAAAAAACAAUCAAUCAGGUGUCUGAGAUGGAUAUCAGUAAACAGCUGCAGGCUUAUGAGGUGGAAUAUCAUGUUCUUCAGGACGAGCUCUUGGAUGGUCCCUCCACUCUCAGCCAAUCACAGCGGGUGGCCCAGUUGGAGAAGACCAAUGGAAGCCUCCGACAGCAAAACUUAGACCUCCUAGAGGAACUUCAGGUUGCCCACGCAAAGAUCAGAUGGCUGGAGACUCGUGUGGAUGGCCUAGUGAAUCGAGAGGCGGAGCUACAGUCGGAGGUAAAGACUCUCCAACAGGAACGGACAGAGCUGCAGCAGACUGCAUCCAAUCUCAGAGAUCUCCUCAGCAGUCUGGGUAUAAACAGCCCCUGCCCUGACCAGGAAAACCUCACCAACACAAGCAACAACCAGUAACUGUGCCAGUGAGGAUACAGAGUCUAGUCUUUAUAAACACUCAACUGUCUUCACUUGAUCUGCUAUCAAGCUCCUCCUGUAAGCAUCACCUCUGUCGUCAUCCUACUGGCUCUGUCGUUCUCUAGACAAGCUAUCUUAGUGGAGAUGGACAGGUAGGUUUUCAGGGCACUGACGUUCCUUCAAUGGAGAUUUUCUUGAAGGGCUGAAAUUGUGUCUUUAGAGUCAGAUCUUGCCAGAACUGAUAAAACAACCUAAAAGAUCAAAACAUUAAAACAGUUUAAAAGAAUAGCUGAGAUUGCCACCCUUUCUGGUUAUUACAGCUUAUGUGACUGAUGUUUACUUUCUGGACAGAGACAUUUUGGGUCACCAUUUUUAAUAGACACUCCUUUUUACGCUCCCUGCUGUCGAUUUGGCAAUAGCAAUGACCCCAACGAAACCUUUAAGGUAGAUUUGAUUGGCGUUCAGACAUCAGACUGACAAUUCCCCAGUAAGCACUGAACAGCCCGCUACGGAUAAAUGCACUCUUGCUGUGCAGCGUAUUGUUUGCACCCUGUUCUUAUUUCGUGUGAAUGUUUGUGUGUGAGCAUGUAUGUAUGUGGAAAUCUACCAUUAUAUUCCAGUGCAAUAUAAGCUAAAAAAAGACAACCCUCCUGUACACUGUAAACCUGCACAAUCUUCUGUUCUAGCAGAAACCAAAGAGUUCAAAUCUGAGUGCAUUUCCAUAAACAGAAAAAUGUUUUAUAAUUAUUUUCAUCUGAGACUCAGACCGAAUGCUGCUGGUUUACUCAGAUCACCAAGAAAUCUCUUGCUCUUAAACACAAAAAUCCUCACUCACACUUUCCCGAAAUAACAUUAAAACUAUUCAAACAACAUUCAGUCCCUUUCAUUAUUACACACUAAUGCAAAAGUUGACAUAUGAGGGCAGUAUCCACCAGUUUGUGUAUUUUGGAUCAUUUGGAUUUUGAGGUCUCCAGUGAUGGCAUUUUAGCUACUUGGCUGCACUGCUGUUGAUAUGGUACUCAAUGAACCAAAGAUCUUAAUGUUUUUAUUUCAAGACUUUUUCUGUGACAAACCGCACGUGUCUGGUGCUUAAGUACAGGCUGAGUACACUGUACACGAGUGUCUGUUUUAAAUGCACAUUCAAGAGUUGUCACCUCUGUAUUUGACUAUGAUAUAUUUUGACUGAUGGAAAUACAUUGGGAAAGGGGAGCAAAGAAAACAGAUCAUCUUGCAUCAUUUGCAUAAAGGUAUGUCCUUACCCUUUGACCUCUUGUGCUUUUCUGGAGAAUUCCAUUUGUGUUUCUCAGUGUGGGAAAGACAGGUGCACUGUUAAAACAUCAGUCUUGAUGAAGU